AUGGAGAAACAAGUUAAGAUCUACCAUGGAUAUGCCCAGCUCAUUGGCAUGACGUCUUACAGGAUAGUAAAUGGCAAAUUUAUUCAAUCGAGGAUAUCCCAGGCAUACGCCCUGGUAUGGAACAUUGGAACGAUAGUAACUUUGGCCUGGAUGUUUUGGUGCGCAGGCACAGAUAUGAUGAGGUCGCCCUGGUUCCCGGAAACGAUGUCUAUGGUGCCAUUGGUUCUCUAUUCGGUUAACUAUGCGGUUAUAGUAUAUGUUCUAAUAUCGCGCUCGUAUCGGGAUAGUCUUUUUUCCGAUUUGGUGGACAUAACCGAUCAGUUAAACCGGAAAAUGGAGCUGGCUGAAAGGAAAACGAAUUUGAAACUUAGGAAACUGUUGUAUAUGAAGUCGUUCACCCUCACCUAUCUUAAUCUGGGAUCUUUUCUAUCGUUUUUAUUUCUAAAAGAUCGAUUUUUGGAAGCAACUAUAAUAGGUGUAGCCUACAGCAUCCUGAACACCAGCAACUACUUUUACUUCACCUCCUUUUGGCAAAUCGCCAGAGGCUAUGAUUUUGUGGAUCGCGAGAUAAAAAAUCUAAUCUCCUUUAAAUCUGGCAGUAAUGUUGAGGAUUUCUCGGAGGUCCUGCAAGAUCUGUGGUCCUUUCACUGGACCCUCAGCCUAAUGGCCAGCAGAAUAAGUCGAGUCUAUGGAGUCCAGAUGCUCGUCUCGCGCACGGAAUACGUUUUGUUCGCUGUUGUGUAUGGCUACGUGGGAAUCAUUUUCCUGUUCCAAGGAAUGAGUCUGAUGUUAAUUCAUGCUGGCCUGAUAUACUUCAUUCGGGCUUUGGACUUCUUCCUGAACAAUGUCAUCUGUGACCUGACCGCGAGGUAUCAAAGUUAUCCAAAACACGAACUUAUCGAAGGAGUUAUAAACCAGAAGGCGUUUAGUGCCUAUCUGAUCUACGAGAACAGCAUGAGACUCGACUUGAAGCUGAACAAUCUUAAUGGAAAACUGGUCAUCAAGGCUGGUUAUCAUAACCAUGCUGAUUUGGAUCGCCCUGCGGAAUAA